CCCACAUUACCCUUGAGUCCAUCGUUUCUUCCGCAACCCCGAGUGGCAGCGCGCAGCGAGCAUGGCAACCAUCUCCGUUGUAAUGGACAGCGACACCCUUGACAGUACCACGAGACACGCCAAUGGCACAGGUGACCCUGACAAUGAGGUGAACGUGUCAGACAACUCUGGCUCGCCCAACACCUCAUACGCCGACCAGACGUCGGUGUCGUCGCCUGCAACAUCUUCGUCAACAGGUGCGCCAUCUCGAAUCAUGCGAUCGCGGACACGUUCCACUUCUUCAGUUUCCAUGAAGAGUGGUGGGGAUGAUGACAUGGAGGACGAGGAUGGCGGCCUCUCGGACUCCACGACAUCUACAUUGACCUCUGCCAAUGACCCAUCAACUACCACAACGACGACGUCAGCCCCAGCUAAGAAGCCGUAUGUAAUGGGCACUGCAGAAAGCAAUGGACUGCGCCGAACGGUCAAAGUGGUUGUGCAACGAACCACGGACGUCGAGCAACGUUUGCCCCAAAUGGUCCAUAAGAUUGGCGUGAUUGUGGAAACUCCUCGCCAUCCAAAUACGUGGUUCCGGGUGCGAUUCCGUAGCGGAAAGAUCCACACAUUUCGAGCUUCAGGGUUGAAGCUAUUAAAGGAUGCACAAGCCGAUGGCGAUGAUGUCGACCUGAGCGAAAUCCCCGAAGACCACGAUCUUGGUCCCCCGAGCGACGACGAACAUGACUCGGGUGGGCCGCCGCCACCGCCACCACCGUCCGACGACACCCACCGCUUCGAUAAACACGACAAAGUCACAAUCAAGUUGGUGGACCCCACAAAGCGCGAACUGGCGGACCUACGUGGCCAUGACGGCAAGCGAGGCGUUGUGCAGGAGGUGCUUUCAAACGGAGGGUUCAAAGUUCUCUUGGAUCGGAAACGGCAAGAUGGCUCGCCGACCACCGUUGUGAUCAAACAGAGCAAGCACUUGACGUUGCGCCGACGACGGAGUUCGAUGGACAGUGCUAGCCGCGACAGUCCCGACGAGAGCGGGACUAUGUCUGAGGAAGAAGACAAUGGAUCGACGAAGGAUGUGAUCAACGACGAAGGGUCGGAUGGGGACAACGAAGACGAAGAGGACGAGACCGUCGAGGAUGAGCCAAGCCGCCACCAGCGCAAGGGAAAGAAGAAAGACUCGGGGUCGCUGCUGUCGGACCUGGACACGGAAUUGUGGAUCGGGCGCCGGGUCCGUAUCAACGUGGGCAAGUUUUCGGGGCAGGCCGCGGUCGUGCUGAAGUCAGGCAACGGAUGGGUUCAACUCAAAAUGGAGGGCGGCCACGAAUCGACGGCAAAGCGCGCGUACGAACUCACGCUGCUCGAGUCGAUUGCUUCGAUUGAGCGGCAGGCGUCGUCUGGGUCGGCAGGAGACAAUGGCGGGUCCACUGACACAACACUCGAGAACGACAACGACUUGGAUGACGUCGAAGACAGCGGGUCGGAGCACGGCAGUCGCGUCGCCGGGAGCUCCGGCGGCCUCCGGCGCCGCGGUCACUAUGCCCAGUCUUGGAUUGAGAAAAAGGUGUACUUGCCAGGGAACCAAGGCACGGGCGUCGUGAAAAAGGCAGAUCGGGACGUGUGCACGGUUGAGGUCGAAAACGCGAGCAAAACCAUCAAAGUGUUCAAGAAGCAAGAGCUCGUGCUCAUCGAAGACGACUUUACGAUCCAGCAUCGCCACCGCCGUCCCAACAAGGCCAACAACUCGAAGCUCAACCUCCCCGAUGGCGUCGUGUUGAUGGGUAUCACGACCCAGCGGUACGCCAUGUUUCAGGACCAAGUAAAAAAACACGUGAUGCGCCGCCGGGACAAGAUCAAAAUGCGACCGAAUCUCAUGGAGUGGCAAGCGAUCCUGGACAGCCGGCUGCGGACCGCCGUGGACGUCGACACGUUGGCGGAUGUUGUGGACUUGUUUGUCCUGCCGUCGUGUGAGCUCUGCGGCGUCGAGAAGCAGGAACUGAAUGGAGUGUGCUGGAACAUGAAGUGCCCGCGAUGCCCAGUGUUUGAUUGGUCUAAAGCAGACGGGGGCAAAGGAGGAGGGUACAGUCGCCUUCCCGCCACGCCUUUGACCGAUCGGUAUGUUUCGCUCCAAGCUCAAGUUUCCUACAACGCUGCAAUCGCGCCACCACCACCGCAAGUUGCACCGGUCCCUGAACCAGAGUCGGCCGUUGCCCCUCUAACGACGAAUGUGCAGGAUGCUUCUGCUGCCUCCCGUAAGAGAAAGCGAAAGGAACACUCGACGGUGGAAGUGACUACAGACGACCACCGAGAUUCACCUCCACCUGCACCCGUCCAUGCGAACCAUGGAGACUGGAAACCCGACGAACCUCCCUUACCGCCGGUCGCCAUUAAGGUGGAAGCCCCUCGUGAAGUGCCUUCGACGACGUCUUCCCAAGCAUCGCCAACCCUGCCCUUGUUGCCUGUAUUUCGGCCACAGUAUGAGAGCGUUUUUUCCAAGAAAAUGUAGGAAUAUUGUGGAAUUUUUCCAAAAUUUUAUUCCAGCGGUGUACUCGUCAUCAUAAUAUGCCUAGAUAUUUGGGAUAUUUUGCACGCAAAAUAUCGU